AUGAUGGAGACAGGACAACGCUUCUUGGCUUGUAGGUUCCACAAUCCGGCGUGGUUAGAGCCGCUCAACCUCCGUGGGGCUGUCAUGUCCGCCACAACCGCAGAUACUAUGAAUAACAUCAGCAGUUUUAAAAGAUGUGAUACUCUCGAGUUAAUAUCACGUAGUAAUUACGCACUAUUGUACGACAAGAAUCUCAGAAUGGCCUUGUGGUGUGGUUUUUACUUGAAUUCACGAAUGGUGAGGGCGGCGCGUCUUCAGCGCAAAACACAUGUUUGUUAUACCGACAAGACCCUGCCAAAGGAAAUUCAGGUGCAAUCGAGUCACAUGCAAAGACGCGCGUACGACAAAGGGCAUAUGGCCCCACUUGCAUCUGUGGCAACGUGUGUCACCACUGCUUUUGAGGCUUCUUUGGUUUCCAAUUUUGUUUUACAACAUAAGGCACUUAACCGAGGAAUAUGGAAACGAUUAGAACACCUUUCACGCUGUUAUGUGGAAGGCUACGGUUUCUCGGCCUUGGGCGAGCUAUUUACUGCGAAUCAAUAUGAUGAACCGUUGCUUCCAUUAGCAGGGCGAAAUACUUGGAAUUCUUCUAGGUGUCUAGCGGUAUCAACGGGUGUUUUGUUUAGGAGUGAAAAAAAUUCCCUAAAUUGCUUGCUUCAACAAGAGAAACAAGCUGUUCCUAUUCCAGAUGAGUUAUAUAUGGCUUUAUGGGACGUUCAUUCGCAUCAGCAUAUUGCUUUUAUUGUACCUAAUGAUGAAACUGCCGCCAUAAGAUCGUUAAAGCCCAAACGUUUACAUGCAAAGGGACAAAAAGGGCGAGUUUCCCCUGUAAAGAAAACUAGAAUUAGAGGGUUUGCACCGCUACACAAGCAUAUUCAAAAUCCUUUAGAUAAAACGGAUCUUUCUGAUAUAAACCGUUUUCGUGUAACACUAAAAGAGUUGGAGCAUCGCAUAGCUCUGUCGGAGCGUGUUAUCGCGGAAAAGCUGCUUUGUAUACCCCAUGGUGCGCGAGGAAUAGAAUCUAUUAAUGCUACAAAGUGCUUGGGACGAAAAAAUUGUGUCGUAGAGUAUCAAACACCACCUGUAGAGCUAUUUUCUCUGCAAAAGAGAAGGCGGGCUUGGAAAAUGGCUUUUACCCGGUCGUUUUUGUUUGCUUGA